UAUACAGUCUGAUAAAAAAAUGUUUGAGGGGAUUUAUGCAAAUGCGGAAGUUACAGAAAACAAUGAAGCUGAUUCCAGUGACAGCGAGAACUCGUAUGAAGAUGUUUUUGUGAAUCAUGACAAGCUGGAGCCCCAGAGCCCCAGAAGCUUUAGGAAAUCUAAGAGUUCAGGAGGAGACACUGCAUGGAGCAAGUGUUACAGAGUGACUGUAGUGUGUGUGGUGCUGCUGUGUGUUCUCCUGCUGACUGCCGUCACACUGCUGUGGAUCAAAUACAACAUCCUGAAGACAGAAAUCAUCCAGCUAAAGACCAGUAACAACAACCUGACUAUAGAGAGAGACCAGUUACAGACCAGUAACAACAACCUGACUAUAGAGAGAGACCAGUUACAGACCAGUUACAGCAUCUUGACUUCAGAGAGAGACCAGGUACAGAGGGAGAGAAAUGAAUUCCUGAGGACGCUUUGUAAUUUGGAACAAACAAGUUGUUUUAGCUCCAAGCUUUAUUUCAUGUCUAAUGAGAAGAAGAGCUGGACUGAGAGCAGACAGUACUGCAGAGAGAGAGGAGCAGACCUGGUGAUCAUAAACAGCAGAGAGAAACAGGAGUUCAUCGCUAACUGGCUGCCAGGAAGGCAAGCUUGGAUUGGUCUGAGUGACAUAGACACAGAGGGAGAGUGGAAAUGGGUGGACGGUACACGACUGACUUCUGGGAACUGGGCUAACAAACAACCAGAUAAUUACAACAAUGAGGACUGUGCCGAGACUGGGUAUCCUGAUGGACAGCACUGGAAUGACAGACCAUGCUCUUAUAAACAAGGCUGGAUCUGUGAGAAGAGAACAUAACAAAAUGACCUGAAACACACCUGUAUGUUUAUCUGUACUGCUUGACCAAUUAGUAAGCUGUGGUAAAAUAAUCCUCGUAAAAAUCUGUGCAAAACUGUGGUUAAAAUUACUCUGCUAAUUAAACCUUCACACUCUA